AUGCUUUUACUGUCUCAGCAUUGUUUGAAAAGGUCAGUGAAGGUAACUAUGAAUCAAGCGAAGUAUCUGAAGGCGACUUUCGACGUGAAUGACUACAAUACGAUAAACGAAGGAAAAGCUAGAAUCUUAACUCCAAAGGAAGACAAAGUUUUUUAUAACCCAAUACAACAAUUCAAUAGAGAUUUGUCUAUAACUUGCAUAAGGGCAUGGAGCGAGCUAUUUCAAAAACCUGAUAGAGGGUUGGAUGAUAACAAAAAGAGAAGAGUAGAGCCUUUUAUUACAAUCUUAGAAGCCUUGAGUGCUACGGGUCUAAGAGCAAUUAGAUAUGGGCAUGAGAUACCACUAGUGAAAAAUGUUGUUGCGAAUGAUUUACUUGCCGACGCGGUGAAGUCUAUUGAUAGGAACAUUAUUUAUAAUGAUUUGGAUCUGAAGGUAACUUCAAACGAAGGUGAUGCCAUAAAAUUUAUGUCACAAAGCAAUGAGAAAUUUAAUGUGAUUGAUUUAGAUCCAUAUGGUACUGCAGCGCCAUUUAUAGAUAGUGCUAUUCAGGCAAUAAAGGAUAACGGAAUUUUGCUUGUUACCUGUACGGAUGCUGGAGUCCUUGCUGGGUCUGGUUAUCCCGAAAAAUGCUUCGCAUUAUAUGGGGGGAAUAACUUUGGAAAUACAUUUAUGGGUGGUGAAGCUAACCACGAGGUAGGCUUGAGGCUCAUUCUCAACAUGAUAGCAUCUACUGCUGCGAAAUACAAAAAAACGAUUGAACCUUUGUUAUCGUUAAGUAUUGACUUUUACUUCAGGCUCAUUAUUCGUGUUAAGACCAGCCCAUUAGAAGUCAAGAAGUUAGCUUCUAAAACCAUGAUAUCAUAUCAUUGCAUUGGUUGUGGUCAAAAGUUGAUUCAACCUCUCGGAAGAAUUAACGGCAAAAAGUUUCAGACACCCAAGCUUGUGUCCAACAUCAGUGGCCAAUGUGGCUUCUGUGAAUCUAACUUCAACAUAGGAGGACCGAUGUGGCUUGGCAAUUUGCAUGACAAAGAUUUUAUCAAUGAUGUCUUGAGGAUAAAUGAAACUAAUGAUGUAGUAACGUAUGGCACUAAGGAAAGAAUAAAAGGAAUGUUGACUGUAGCAAAGAAUGAACUACAGGAACCGUUUUACUUCAACUUGAAUCAAUUGUCUUCGUUUUUCAAAGCUCCCCCAAUCCCAAUUAAUGACUUUGUUAGGGCUUUGGGUAAUUUAAACUAUGAAGUAUCAUUAACUCAUGCAAAGAAAAACUGUAUAAAAACCAAUGCGCCGUGGAUAGAUAUCUUUCAAAUUAACAAGCAGUGGCUAAUUAAUAAUAAUCAAAAGACCUUGGAAUCUUUAAAAAACAGAGACGAUAGAUAUGACGACCAAAAAGUUGAAACAAAAAUAAAACAGUUGGAGAAAGAUAUCGACCUUAGUCCUAACUUAACUCCAAAUAUGAUUGGCUAUAAAAUAUUGAUGAAAUUACGGGAGAUUAAAGAUCCUAUUACUGUCAACUUCACUAACGAUAAUGAGGCUAGUAAAAAUGUCGAAUCGUUGCGUAAAUUGAAAAUCGUCAGAUACCAGGAAAACCCUACCAAAAACUGGGGCCCGAAAUCUCGUCCUUCCGAGUCAUAG